AUGUGCUUCGCAAGCAAACCAGAUUUCAAACGGAAGAACUUGUGCGCAAAAUGCCCGUCUGGAUUCUUUGAAUGCAGUAACGGCGCCUGCAUACGGGAAGCAAAACACUGCGACCGUAAGAAAGAUUGCCCAGAUGGAGCCGACGAGCUGCACUGUGAUGACAUAAACUGUGAGGCUCCAUUAUACUGGAAGUGUGAAGAUGGUAGAUGCAUACAGACCAAAUUCAAGUGUGAUGGGAACAAUGAUUGUGGAGACUGGUCAGAUGAAAAGGACUGUAAGGCAUCUAAGGUAUCUGAUGUGCAAAAGGUCUGCAGUGAUGAAGAUUUUGCAUGUGGGGAUGGCACCUGCAUUCCAGAUAACUGGGUGUGUGAUGGCCUCAAGGACUGCCAGAAUGGCAAUGAUGAAGUUCUGGGCUGCUCUAAAAAGUUGGAUUGUGGCAGAGACUUCCUGUGCUCCAACCACCACUGUGUUCCAAAGGCUUGGGAGUGUGAUGGCAACAAUGACUGUGGGGACAACAGUGAUGAAGUAAACUGUAAGCCAAAAGAUGCUACUGAGGGCUGCACAUUGGACAAGAACUUGUUCAGUUGUCACGACAAGUUGAAAUGUGUAGAAGUUGCCGAAGUCUGUGACGGAACCCCACACUGCUUGGAUGGUUCGGAUGAAGGUCCCAUGUGCCAGAAAAGUAAAGCAUUGUGCCCCAACCAGGGCUGCAGCUUCAGGUGCCAACCAACACCUAGUGGACCUGUCUGUGUCUGCCCGAUGGGUUUCAACCUGGUAAAUGAAAAGUACUGCUCAGACAUUGAUGAGUGCAAGAUGUAUGGCAUAUGCUCCCAGAAGUGCAGAAAUAAACACGGCAGCUAUGAGUGUUUCUGUGACCAGGGCUACACCUUGCAAAGUGAUAACCACACUUGCACUGUCAAUGAAGGAGAAGCUGUCUUGCUGUUUUCAACAAAGACCGAAGUUCGGGUUUACUUCAUGCGGAACGAGGUGUACAGGUUGGUGGCAGACGGGCAGCAGCAUGUGGCGGGAGUGGCUUAUGAUGGAUUGUACGUCUACUGGACGAGUGUCCGCAAUGGAGAAGAGGCCAUCAUCCGGAGCAACCACGAUGGCUCCAUUACUGAUGUGCUCGUGUCUUCAGAGGAUUUUGUAAAAAUGCUAGAGGGAACUGAUAUUAUCCCUGCAAAUCCUAAAUCGGGGGGCCGUUCAGGAUGA